CGUUGUAAUCUGUGUAAACAGAGCUUGUAUUAUUCUGAGCAAGCCCAGGCAAAAGCAACGGCGUAUGCGAAAAUUCCGUUAACAAUUUGUAAAAUCAGAUUUUUAAUGUCGUGACUUUUCAGUUUUCAUCCAUUUCUGCUCUCCGGUUCUCUGCAUAUGGGCUAAAUGUUCGAAAGCUGCCAACACAAAACUAUAUAAAAUGGGUUCGACGAGCUCCACCCUAUUAAAAAUUCCAAACGCCGAGGUGUUGAUGCAAGAAACGGGCUUCUCGCCUGCCCACAUUAUCCGUCUCCAUGAUCGCUUCAAAGCCCUGGAUAAAGAAGGACGGGGUUAUCUCUGUCCCCAGGAUUUUGGAGCCAUAAAGGAGCUGGCGAUGAACCCCAUAGGAGACAGAAUAAUAGGUGCCUUCUUCUCCCCAGGGAAGGAAACGGUGGACUUCAGCACUUUUGUGAAGAUCCUGGCUCAUUUCCGCCCUGUUGACAAGGACCGACCCAAAGAGCCCAAUUCUCCCGAACCCAUCAAUAGCAGGAGCAACAAACUCAAAUUUGCAUUUCAGUUGUAUGAUCAAGACAAGGAUGGCAAGAUUUCCAGAGAUGAGCUUUUAAAGGUUCUCCGGGCCAUGCUCGGGAUGCAGGUGACAGAGGAGCAGCUGGAGAGCAUAGCAGACCGCACUAUACAAGAAGCAGAUCUAGACCGGGAUGAAGCAAUAUCCUUUGAGGAGUUUCGUAAGUCUCUGGAGAAGGUCAACAUCGACCACAAGAUGAGCAUUCGGUUCUUGCGUUAGACUUGAGCAUCAUGGGAAAGCUUGUAUGCCUCUAUCUCCAAGCUUCAGAAAAUGGAAGGAAUAUCCCGAAAUGAUCAGGACAGUAUGACGGGAUCUGUGUUUGUCUGUCUAACAGGAAUUUAAUGCACUGGUAAUGUCUGCACAAAAACUGCACAUUGACAAAUAAUUUACAAUACUGGAGAAGUUUGGAGUUGGUUAGAUGGGUAUUCUGUCAGGAUGCAUUAAAAUGAUCAAAAGUAAAAGUGUCAGGAAAGACAUUUAUAAUGUUACAAAAAGAUUUGUAUUUCAAAAAAAUGUUUAUUUGGCAAAGAAUCUUGAAAAAAUGUUCCUACAAAAAUAAUGAUUAGCUGAUGAUAAUUAUUAUUACUGAUAAUAAAAAUAAAUGUUCAUUGAGCUGCGAAGAUGCAUAUUUGAAUUCUGAAGGAUCAUGUGAUAUUGAAAAUAGCUGCUGAAAAUGCAUCUUUACAAUCGCAGGAAAUUUUAAAUUACAUUUUAAAAUGUAUUAAAACAGUUAUUUUAAAAUUAUAAUAAUAUUUCACAUUAUAACAGUUUUAUUUUUGAUUAAAAAAUGCAUCCUUGGUGCGCAUAAGUGACUUCUUUCAAAAACAUAAAAAAAUCUUACUGACCAUGUAGAUUUUUGCAUUAUGUGGCUUGAUGAAUUAAUUUUCUAAAUUGAUUGUUUAAUUUUGUAUACAAUUAUAACUAGUAGGAAAGAGUUCAUAAUAAUGCCCAGUGUUGUCUUAUGUCAACAUAUGUGGAGAAUUUUGUGCCAAUCUCAAGGUAAGAUUUCUCAUAUCUGAAGGUUUAUUAGAUGUUUACGCUUCCAUCUCAGUAGAUUUUAAACAUCUUGGUUGCAUGGUGCUUACCAUGCAUUUUUAAUAAUUCUCUUAAUUUAUCUUAAUUCCUGAUAAAAACUGGAUUUUUUUUUUCUGAAUUCAAAUCUCAAAAAAUGUGUUAUUCUUUCAAUGCCGCUAUGCUUCUUGCCAUUUUACUUACAAGUGAGAAGAAAGGCUACCUCACCUUACUUGCACUUAUCCAUGCUGUACCAAAACCACUAAAAAAGAGGGCUUUUUCAUCUUUGUAUGAAAUUUAACUGACUUUUAAUAAUGAUAUUAAAAAUUAACUUUGCACAGGA